AUGACCAUCGAAAUUAAUAAACCUGAAGUGGUUGCGCAAGUAAAGGCAGCAUUUACCAUAUAUGAACAAGCUUUGAUCGAAAAUGACGUAAGUACGAUGAAUAUGCUAUUCUGGAAUGCGCCUGAAACAGUUCGCUAUGGUAUCGCUGAUAUUCAGCAUGGUGGGGAAGCAAUUUGUGAAUGGCGUGCUAACGCGCAACCAGUAUCACCACAACGGCAACUUCAUCGUACAAUUAUUACAACCUAUGGCACUGAUUUUGCGACAGUUAGUACCGAAUUUAGCAAUGAUGCCGAAAUGUCAACACGCGGUCGGCAAAUGCAAACAUGGGCUAGAUUAGGAUCGGUUUCCGAUGUUGGUAAUGGCUGGAAAGUCGUUGCUGCUCAUGUUAGUUUGGUUCAACAGAAUUAG